AUGGUCGACACGUAUCUCACAUUUGAGCCGUCAUUCUGGGAACUGCAAGAUAAUACUCUUCUGGAAACGGAUCAUCCCAUUCUGUUACUUGGCAAGAAAUUCAGCAAAAAGGCAGGUAUUGAGCCUAUAAAGAAGUAUGUCACUUCCCGACUAUGGUUUACGUACAGGAGAAAUUUCGCACCUAUAGGUGGAACAGGUCCUGAAACAGACCAAGGCUGGGGAUGUAUGCUACGAUGUGCACAGAUGCUACUUGGAGAGGUUUUAUUACGAAGGCACAUAGGGAGAGAUUUCGAAUGGACCGAAGGUGUUCCACCUUCCGGUGACUACGAGCGGAUUCUACGAAUGUUUCUUGACGAGAAAACUGCUUUAUACUCAAUUCAUCAGAUUGCACAAAUGGGUGUCACGGAGGGAAAGAUGGUUGGAGAGUGGUUUGGACCAAAUACUGCUGCUCAGGUGGUGAAAAAACUCGCUGUGUUCGAUUCUUGGUCUGACAUAGCUGUUCAUGUUGCACUCGACAACAUUCUUGUAAUUAGUGAUGUUCGAACCAUAGCAACUUUGGCACCGCCAAAGGAAGCCAUAAAAUUGAUGAAAGACGAAAAGGACGUUAGUGAGUCUUACCUGACCUUUGUGAAUGAAUCAGCAUCAGAUGACAAGAAAUGCGAAUGGCGGCCGUUACUAAUUCUCGUUCCAUUGAGACUCGGCUUAACAAGCAUUAACCGAUGUUAUCUGCCUGCAAUCGAGAGUUUCUUCAAACUUGAAUGUUGCGUUGGCAUCAUUGGAGGCAGACCUAAUCAUGCACUUUACUUCAUUGGAAUAGCUGGCGACCGGCUCGUGUAUCUUGACCCACACUAUUGCCGUCCUUCAAUAAUUGAAAAGUAUGGAAAUACUCCGUGGAUCGAGGAUGGUUUCGAAUCCUUAGAGAGUGAAGAUGUCCCCUGUUCGGUUCCCACAAGAGAUGAAGGUUUAGAUGAUUCCACAUUUCACUGUAAAAUGUUGCUUCAUAUGCGAUACGAUCAGGUAGAUCCUUCCUUAGCAUUGGCGUUCUUUUGUGAAUCGUCGGAUGUGUUCGAGAAGUUAAGCCGUGAUCUGCAACAGGAUGUUUUUCCUACCUCAAAACCGCCGCUAUUCGAGCAACUCGAGAGUCGCCCGAAGUAUUGGCCGCCCUUCGAGCCUUAUACCGGCGUAAAGGUGAAGAUCGAAAUGAAAGAGUUUGAUGAUAUGUGCGCACCGAAUUAUCUUAUCGAUGAUGGGUUCGAAGUCUUAGAAGAAACGGAAGAUGUCGACUGA